AUGCAAGAGUUCUACCACGGGCCGUCGUCGCUGUCCACGGCUCCCUACCAGCAGAACCCGUGCGCCGUGGCAUGCCACGGAGACCCGGGCAACUUCUACGGCUAAAACCCGCUCGCCGCAGCCGCCGGACGCAGGCGAGGCCGACAGACCUACAGCCGCUAUCAGACCCUGGAGCUGGAGAAGGAGUUCCUAUUUAAUCCCUAUCUGACUCGCAAGCGGCGGAUCGAGGUAUCGCAUGCGCUGGGACUGACAGAGAGACAGGUCAAAAUCUGGUUCCAGAACCGGAGGAUGAAGUGGAAAAAAGAGAACAACAAAGACAAGUUUCCCAGCAGCAAAUGCGAGCAGGAGGAGCUCGAGAAACAGAAGCUGGAGCGGGCCCCGGAGGCAGCCGAGGAGGGCGACGCGCAGAAGGGCGAUAAGAAGUAGGCUCCAGCUGGGACUGCCAGGGCCGCGGCCCCCCGCACGUCCGCGGGUCCCCAGAUCCGCCCGCCCC